AUGGGGCAAAGUAUGAAUGAAGUGAAUUUAAAUGUGGGGUGGAAGACUCUUUCGGACAUCCUUAAACAAGAAGCAGAAACUGAUGAUUCUUGCAAGAAAACAUCAGAAGAAGUGGAUGUUCAUGUCCAAGAAUUGGAAGAAGAGUUGAGAAAGAUCGAUGCGUUCAAACGGGAACUUCCCUACUGCAUACUUCUCUUAAAAGACGCAAUUGAGAGAUUGAAGUGGAGGCGAAGGGAAUUAGAACUGUUAAAGCGUGGUUCUGAAGGGGAUGGAAUGGCAGCACAAGUGUCAAACGAUUUCACCAAAAACAAGAAUUUGAUGAGUUCUGCUCAGCUCUGGAAACACGACUCUGUUUUCCACCUAACCUCAAGGUAUGAAGAGGGGGAAGGGAAUGGGAGUGAGAAUCGGUGCCAGGGAUGUAAUUUCAAGAAUAGGGUAGGGGCAUUUGUGCCAUUCAAGAAACCAUCCGGAACGACAAUAAAGGACGAGAAAGGAACCGCACCGGUUCAUGGUGUAUCACUGUCGUUAGCUGAGGUGGAAGCAACUGAUUGGGGAUUGAAAGGGGAUGGUGGCUCUGGUAGGACACAACCGCAGCAGCAAGAACAGCAGAGGAAACAGAGGCGCUGUUGGUCUCCUGAGCUGCACCAGAGAUUCGUCGAUGCACUGCACCACCUUGGUGGACCACAAACGGCCACUCCGAAGCAAAUAAGGGAACUCAUGAAAGUGGAUGGCCUAACCAAUGAUGAAGUGAAAAGCCAUUUGCAGAAAUACAGGAUUCACAUAAGAAAGCUCUCAACUCCACCACCAGAACUGCCUGGAGAUACGUCGAAGCCACUGCCUGCACAUUUUGGCUUCCCACCAGGGCCUUUUUUUGACGCUUCAUUAGCCGCUACUGCUGAUAUAUAG